AUGAGCAGUCUUUUAAUUGAAUCAACACAUACAUCAGUUCAAGAUGACUUAAAGAGCAAUAUCGAAAAGAAUCAUCCAGUUAAAUCAAAAACAGUUUCAAAAAAAAUUAAUAAUAUAGAUACCGAUAUUGCCAUUUCAGUAUUUGCAGAUACAGUUUUUAUAACCAUCAGCCAAAAUCAAAAAUUCAAUACAUGGAUUAAAGCAUAUAAAAGUGAAGGUGUACUUUUAGAUGAACCAUCCUAUCAAGUCGAUGUAUUAUUAGGUUCAAAUCAAGAUACUUUGCUUGGUAUUUAUGCAAGACAAUUAAUUGAAAAUAUAGGUUUAUCAAGUAGAAGACAAUUAUUACUUUCAAUUUCGAUAACUGAUAAAUCAAAAGAUUCAUUUAAACAAAUUUUACAAACUAUUUUUGAUAAUAAAAUUUGGUAA